AUGAAGCGCAAGCGAGAAGACGACGACGAGAAAGAUGCCGUUGUGACAACGCAAAAGUCAAGUAAGCGACUCAAGGUGGAACCCAAAAGUGUGCGACCCGAAAAGAUAGCAAAAUUCCAAGACAUCGGCCACUGCAACAUCUGCUUCAAAGAGUCGCAGGGUCGCACGUUGGUGACUGGCAAGAAUGGCAAUGCAUUCGUCAGACUGUGCGAUGUGUCUAGGGUGGCACCAUUUGCACUCACCGAAAAGGGCAUCGUGAUAACAGACAUUCUUUACGCCGGCCCCUGCGGAAAGCACCUCAUCUGCGGAGACUGCCUCAUGCGCGAGGCGGCUAUGCCAACAUGGCAGGCAGAUCGAUGUAUAUCGUUGGACGGCACAUGCGAACCGCGAUAUCCCAAGACAUUGAUCAGACGCGUGUACAAGAUGGUUGGCAUGAAGCCGCCAUCUGCGCACCCACGUAAGGAAAAAAAGCAGCGGUGCCAGCAACCGGGCAAAAAUGGACGUGGACACUGCAGUGGGAAUAUGGAACCCCUGACCGACCUCAAGCACAAGCAAUGCACCAAGUGCCGCAUCGUCACAUGCGACCACUGCAACACACCAGUGAGACUCAAGAGAGCCACCAACUCGGCACAGCACGUCAGUGUGUUUGAGGAUUGCCGGGUGUGCUAUGUGUCGACCAAGGGUAGACGAUAUAUGGUGCCAGAGGCAUUCAAUCCCUACUUUGUGCGACGGCCGCAAGAUCCACCGGCAUCCCCGCUUGAUCCAUCCGACCUGUGCCACAUGCUCCGCAAUCGAGAGUUGACGUUGGACAUUGUGGUCGACCAGAUGUGGCACAUUAUGAGUGCCGACCGGCUCUUUACGCCGUGCCCGUGCUGUCUGUGGCCCAUGCAAAAGACUAGCCAGUGCAGCGAGAUGACGCACUGUCGCAUCAAGAGAUGCUACGUGUGCGGCAUCAUGAGCAAAAAGGAUGCGUCCUUUAUAGGGACAGAGCACUGGGACAGGCACGGCAAAAAUGGCUGUACACGAUUUCUGUUUUUGGGCCAGCCGCCGUUCGCGCUGUAUGGCCGGCGCGCGGCGGUGCUGGACUUCAACGGCGACGGCAAGGCCGACCUGCUCCUCUCCGGCCCGCGCGACACCACCGCCGCACAACACACACUGACACCCACAACCACCCACGCGGGCUCGGUCUCGUUGAUUCUCGGCUGA